AGCGACGGUGAGGAAAAAACUAAGACCAAUAGAACUUCUCCAACUUCCUCGAAGGUGAAGAUCCAACCGCAAACGCAACUUGAGAGCCAUAUUUUAGGAGAGGAAUCUUCGGUUGAAAGUGAAAUCCGAUCAAAAAUGAUGAAGAUAGGGCAGAUCCACCCUGAUAAGAAAACUGGUUCAUUUAGUAACUUAUCGCUUGAAACACCACGUCAUAUUGAAUUCAUCGGCGUUCACCAGAAGAACAGGAAGAAAACCACCAAUUCCAUCGAUACAUCAUCGGAAGACGAGAAACGUCCGACGAGAAAACAGAGGAAAAAAUACAAGAGCACCAUUUCCACGAAGACGUCGAAACAAGAUGUAUCCGGGAACAUGAAGGAGAGAAAAUCGAUCUUGAAAGCGGACUCUGGUAGCAGCAUUCUCACGGACGUCAAACAAAUGCAAGAAAAGGUAGUCGUGCCGCCGCUGGAUCUGAAAUCGCUGGAAACCAGGACUACGAGUUAUCCAUCGAGAGAUCCAUACAAUGUUAGCUAUGGAUCGACGCCGGAAAAGACUAAAAGAGCUACGCCAAGAAAAACUAGAAAAUUCCGUAGAACAAAUAAAACAGAGAAACGUUUGAAAGGAGGUGCAAAUAUUCCUAUGUCUGCGAUCGAGAGAGAGAAAUUCCGGCGAGAGAAUUCAGAACUUUUCGAAGCUCCUUCAUGCCAACCGACAGGAAGCCAAGAAUUAUCUUCCCCGCUCUAUCCGUUCCAGAGCAACUUGCAUAGUUCGGAGUCCGCAUUAUUUUCCAGUUUCGAGCGGAGCGAUUCAACAAAAUUAGAUUUGAGAUAUUUCGAAUCAUCCGAUACAUCGUUUUCGCCCAUCGUUUCAGGUGAAUGAAAGAUUCGAUGUUAUACGUUUAUUUAUUCCUGAAUUCU